UUGUUACAUGUUAAAAUUCUACCGAAUGAAAGAGGAAAUAAGAAUUUGGCUGCUGGGCUGGCUUGGAGCUAUUACUUUGGUUAUCUGAAGCUGGUGCUGCCAAGACUGGAACAACGGAUAUCAGAAUCGGAGCAAUUUCGUUAUAAAAUAACAGACAAGGAGCUUUUCAUCCUACUGCCAAAAACGUGCUUCAGUUGUGAUGACAUUGAACAAGCUGAUUCAAGGGUGAAAUGGGUCGGCAAUCUCCCAGAGAGUAAAAUUAACAGGGAAGGAAGUAAGGACAGAAGUUACAAACAUGCGGUACACGAAGUAGGGAUGCACUGCCCGGCAGAUGGAACAAUGGAAGAAUACUACUUUAUUGUGGAGUACGCCACACCUCUGAUGACCCUUUACGAUAUGUUUGUAGACGCUCAAUUAACCGGCCCAGAGCGUGAUCAACAGAUAAUGUUAUUCACACGAAAACUGAGCGAAAUUCUGGAUGAAAAUGCAGAAUGCAGAGGGAAAUACAAAUUGGUGCCGAUUUCGGGAAAUGAAACUAACGAAAUUUCGAAUAUCCUUUUUGCAAUGCAGCGGGAUGUUAACAUAGAGAUUGACAAAUAAACUGAAUGGAACUAUCAGUGACUGCUCACCGAUAGAGGUUUGGAAGGCAGCCCUUUUGGCCGAACAGAAACACUUAUCCUAAGUUUCAUGAUGGUGUGUGUCGGAUUUGUAGAUGAUAAGUGGACUGAACUGCAAUUACAAUUAACGCGAACACUUCUGUCGGUUUUUUUCCAAAUCUUUUUUAACAAUGGCUAUUAAUUUUCACUGAAAGUGAGUUACGAGCUAUUGAAAUACAAGUAGAACUGUGACAGUCAUAUUUCUUCAUCAUUGUACGAUGAGAAAUGUCUUUGGAGCCUUGACUAAUCUCUGAGAAAAUUGAAAAACAAAAACUUCAGCAUGACACAAAGUUGAAAUAAAGAGGGAAAAUAAAUUGUUUCAUAUACUAGAGUUGCUUUCUACUGUUGCUUAUCCUUCAACAUAAUUCAUCCCCACGAAUUGUGUUCCCUGUGGGUCACUUUGUUAAGAGUAGACAUCGGGUAAGUUUCUGUCUAUGCACAUAAAUGGCUGCCGUGUAAAUAUUCUUUCGUUUAAAUUUAAAUUAGCCCUUCUGGCCUCGCUUGAGAUAAUGUA